AAGUCACCCUUGCUAGUCACUGGUUCACAUCUUUUACGCGUCCUUGUUGGCCGGCUCAACUGGUCGUCAAGAGAGCUGGCUAAUGCCGUCUCUGACUGUCCGUGCAACGCAUUGACCAGGCUUCGUGACCUGCGUUUUCCACUAAGAAGACCUAGUCUACCUCGCCGGGACGCAGACUCGAGCUCGGGUCUAGGGGACAACUUGUCGAUUGUUUGCCUGGAUUCGUGGCUGGAGAAACCAGUGCUCUUGAUCACGGGGGUCGUCGUCCCCUUCACCGGAGUUUGGGUUGCUUUUAUUAUCAGGGCAUUAGUGACACUGACAGUGCUGUUUGUUUUUGUUGCAUCUGCAGAGUGUUCAGUUCGACUCGCUCUUUGCCGGCCUCUGAUGACUGGUGCAUGUCCUUGGCGAUCUAAUCCAAUCAAUCGUCCCUGGUCUAUAUCAGAAACUGGUUUUACUUCGGGCGAGGCAAGCCCUACGGACUGUCCAGCCAAUGUUCUUGUGUCGGUAUUUGGCCUGGCUUCAUCUAUGUGGCCAUAA